AGUGUCGAAACGUCUUGGUGCCGAAAGUUCUUGGUGCCGAAAGGUCCAGGUGUACGCAUUUUUAUAUCUCCAAAAAUAGGAGAGUUGCGACACCGAAACUUCGAAGUUCGAACUUUAACUUAACAAGCUUUACAGAGGGCAGUUGUUAAUCUCCUCAUGGAUUUCGUCCCUGAGCGAGACGGUGUUGUUAAAGACGAGAAAACGGGUGAGCUGUAUAUCCCUGCAUCACGUAGACCGGAUGGCACAUGGCGGAAACCCAGAAAGGUCAAGGACGGUUAUGUCCCGCAGGAAGAAGUUCCCAUUUAUGAGAAUCGGGGGGUGCAGUGGUUAAAAAGUGCCCCUAGUCUGCCCCCGGGCCUGAACCCUGCAGAUGUAGAGGCAGCCAAAAAAACGGACAGCCAAUCCUUGUCCAAGUCCGCAAAAAAGAACGCUAAGAGGAAAGAAAAGAAAAAACAGCAACACGAAUCAGGACGGGUUGCUGGUCCAGGUGAGAGUGUAGAAAGCAUAUCUCAGACUUUGGCAGCAACAAAAUUAUCGAAGGAUUCUAAGGAAAGUGACCCAUCCAGUGAUAAGGCAGCAAUAGAAAAGAAAAUUAGGAACUUGAAAAAGAAACUCAAACAGGUGGAUGACUUGAAAAAUAAAAUUGACACAGGCGAGAUUAAAAACCCAGAAAAAGAGCAGCUAGCUAAGGUGGCCAGACGACAGGAGUUGGUGGAUGAGAUAGAAGAUCUGGAAUUGGAUUUAGAAGACUGAGGACAUUUAGAUGACUGAGGAUGUUUAGAUGAUUGAGGACAUUUAGAGACUGAGGACAUUUAGAUGACUGAGGAUGUUUAGAUGACUGAGGACGUUUAGAUGACUGAGGACAUUAAGAUGACUGAGGACAUUUAGAUGACUGAGGACGUUUAGAUGACUGAGGACAUUAAGAUGACUGAGGACGUUAAGAUGACUGAGGGCGUUUAGAUGACUGAGGACAUUUAGAUGACUGAAGGCGUUUAGAUGACUGAGGACAUUUAGAUGACUUUCUUUAUGAACUUGGACAAGUAGGAAUUUCACUAAAAUUGUUCAGCAUUCAAGUUAAUAGUGAUAUUUCAAUGAUAUGCACCUUAAUAUUGAGAUUUCAAUGACAUUCAAGUUAACAGUGAUAUUUCAAUGACAUUGCGAAGGUUCAGUUUGAAAAUAUUUCAUUAUAAUCUAUAAAUUUAUUUGUGCAUCAUAUUUUCUUAAUGAAAUACCAGAUGUUGAAAAUUAACGAAUAAUGUAAAAAUGUGUUUACUUUGUUAAAGAACUUUGAAAACUUCUGACGAUGGUAGAAUGAAAUAAAUGCAUGGUGUAACACUUUUAAAACUUCUGACAAUGGUAGAAUGAAAUAAAUGGUGUGACACUGUA